AACCUUGUAUAUUUAUGGCUGCUUCAAUCUCUCUGACUCUCACUCUGCGUCGAGUACCCACCACCAUGACUUAAAAACAAAUUGUGUCUCUUUGUCUGCGUUUCUCUUACUUUGCUUUAUGUAGUACUACAACACUCAACUAAUUCACUCUCAAAACCUCUUCUUCAACUCCCAAUUUCAUCUCCAUCUGAACCUCUCCAUAAAUCCAUUUUUACGCAUGCCAGACAGGAAGGUUGAAAUGUGAUACCGGUGAACAUCACAUGGUUUAAUUAUUUAAUAAUAAAAAACAGGUUAAAAUCAACAUUGGUGACAUCCAACAUCGAUUCUUUUGUCGGUGUUUCAUAUUGUCAACGAAAGUUUCGACCGUGUUAUUCUAAAUCCUAUUUCCAAUAUGGGAUCACCAAUGUUUAAUUUGGAAUGUGAAAAAGAUUCAGAAAUGAGUAGCAAAGCUUUUUCUGACACGGCCAAGGACAGUGGUACAACCUCCUGCCUAACGAACUCAAUAAAAGCAAAUCAUGAUCAAGGUUUAGUUUCCCUUGACUUGACUCUUCAUUUUAACUCAAAUGAUAUCGACGCAAAAGGAAGUGGGGAGACUAGUAGUGAUGUAGUUGGUCAUAUUUCGGGCCCAACAAGCCUGAGGAUAUUUUCAUGCAAUUACUGUCAGCGUAAAUUCUUCAGCUCACAGGCCCUAGGCGGCCAUCAAAAUGCUCAUAAGAGGGAGAGGACAAUGGCAAAGCGAGCGAUGCGAAUGGGUAUGUUCUCGAACAGAUAUACCAGCUUAGCUUCACUGCCACUACACGGUUCUGCAUAUCGAUCGCUUGGGAUCGAAGCUCAUGCUGCAGUGCACCGUAAAAUCUUACCUGGAGAACGGCCAUUUAGUGCUAGACCUGGAGCCAUGAUUGAUCAAGGCUACAUUGGAAUGCAAUAUUUUGUGGAAGAGGAUGAUGUUGGGCCAUUUUGGCCAGGGAGUUUUCGACGAGUAAAUGGCGAAUUCAUUGAUUCUACGGCUCGGGAAGCAUCUGAAAUUCCAAGUCUGAACUCAGAUACGAGAAUGGCACCAUCAACAACGAGUACUUCUUCACCUGAUCUUACAUUGAGACUUUAGCAUUAUUAUAUUAAUCUUCAAUUUUUGUUAUUUUCCACAUAUCUUCACCAUGGCUGUUAAUUAUGUAAAGUGAGGUGCCUGCAAGCGUUUUAUUAAAUCAUCAAAUAAAACUUCAAUCCCAAUUCUUCUUUGUCUAA